UUUUUUUUCUUUGUGUGUGUGUGUGUGUGUGUGUUUUUCCGUCCUGAGCCGCAGCUGAAGAACCGGAACAUUCCCGGGUCCACUCGGACAUUAAAGUCCCGGCAGUGGCUCCGGUUCGAGUGUCCAGAUGACGGAGAGUCCGGACAGCAGUGUCCUGCAGCGGACACACAGCGGAACCGGGACCGGCCCGGCGGUGGUGAAGGUGGAGUCAGGUGUGACGAGUGUGUCAGGUACGUCGGAUCUGACACCGUCACAGAUCGCUGAGCUUCACUUCCUGCGUUCGAGGGUUCGAGAGCUGGAGAGAGAGAAGGCAGAGCUGUCGGCUGAGAACCAGAGACUGAAAAACAUGCUGGUCCACGAGAUCCCUGGGCUCCUGUCCACCAUGUGGCAGACGUUGGGCCAGGUCAACAGUCACCAUUCCGUCUCCACGGCAACAGGCGGGAGCGACAGUUUCGCGCUUUAUCACCCCCACACAGCGACCAAUCAGGACGGAGACUUUAGCCCUCAGGUCCAGGUUCAGCAGCUCCAGGAUGAGCUGAGUAGGGACCUGUCAGAGUGCUGGGGUCCGCUGGGCGCCGAGGACGACGAGGUCCCAGGAGGAGCAGACCUGGGCUUCGGGAGCCACAUGGGGGAGGUGGCACCGCUCUGCAGCCAGACUGACAUGGAGGAGCUGAGGAGGGGCUGCUCUGAGAGCCAGUGUACCGCCGGAGACGUAACCGGACAGGUGAGCCAGGUGGAGGUGUAUCCGGGCUCUGGUGUGCUCUGUGAUGUGCGGUCUUGGCAGGCAGCCAAUCAGGCGCAGUCACCCACAGCAAUGGCUCGGAUGCUGCUACUGGGUGUGUUUGAUAUGGACACGCUGAUGAACAGUAACCUGAGAGGUGGGCGGAGCCGCCGGCCCGCCUUCCACCCACAACGAAGCGCGCUUGACCCACACAGGAUCAACGCCAUCUUCAACGCCAUCUUGGCUCGGUUUCCUCUCGCCAAGAAGGGAGUCAUCGGCUCCGGCAUCAACUCCAAACUCUCUGAGAUCCGUUUUCGCUCCCGCAGAGCCAAUCGGGAUCCCCGGUUCCUCUGAUGGACAGCUGGAAAGCCCCACCUACCUCACAGAAAACAAUACGAUUCGUCCAAUGAGAAUGCUGCAGUGUGGAGCUGCUGGACCAAUGAGAACUCAGCAGUCUGGACAAGCUCGACCAAUGAGCUGCUGUCAGACAGUUUAAUGUGAAACUCUGUUCAAGCUCAGUUUCUCCUUCAUGUACAACCAGAUGCUGGAUUCUACUGUGUUCUACUGUCUCUAAUAUGGAGGCAGCCGGAGCAGAGGACGGACAGGACAGGGGGACAAAAGGACGAGAGGACAAGUGGACAAAAGGAAAAGAGGACAAGGGGACAGAAGAAAAGGAGGAUGGGAAGACAGGAGGACAAGGGGACAAGAGUAGAAGGGGACAGUAGAAUAAGGGGACAAGGGGACAAAGGGACAAAAGGAAAGGGGGACACGUUGUGAUGUUUGUGUUGAUGUUGUCAUGUUUAUAUUUGUUGGUUUGUGUCGUAAUUUUCUCUAAAUUACAUCAGUGGAAAUGAAUAAACUAUUAAGACAUG